ACCAACUGAGAUAUCAGAUACUUUGGCACGAUCGAACGCGCGUCUCGCACAAUUGCUUGACUGCUUGCUUGCUUCGCUGUAUUGCUUAGUGGGCUGCUUGGUCUGGCUUUGUUUUUGGGGGCAUUCAAGGGAGCAAAAUGCUCAAAUUGAAUUCAGUUUUCUUUCGAGCGUCGCAUGAAUGAGUCAGUUCGGCGGUUAAAUGGUUACAAAAAAUUUCUUAAGAAGUGACGCUUGUAAGUCAGGCGGAAAUUAAUAUGAUUUAAUUGCAAUGAAAUGUUAAUAAUAAAAAUAAUUUAUUAAUAAAUAUGCGAUUUAACGGUAAAAUAAUUGCUUUGUAAUUAUAUUUAGUUGUUGUAAUUUGCAUUGGCAGAAUGUGACUUCAAAGUGUGCGAAAUUCGGUGAAAUGUGAAAAGGAAAAGUAAAAGGAAAAAUAAACAAUAAAAAAAUUUUAAUAAAAGUGAAAUGUCAAACAUAUAAUUUAUGCGUGACAACAACAACAACAAGAAGAACAAAAGCAAAAUAAAAAAUUGUUAAAAAAAUAUUGCAAACUACCGCCAAUCUCCACAUUCAACUACUUUACAGUUAUAUCCAACAACACGCAAGCUUUGCUGCAAUUGUUUAAAUUCAAAUGUCAAACAUCAAGAGCAAAAACAAAAACAAAAACAAAUUCGUGCGUAUAUUUUUCAUUUCGUUUUGAAUCCAUAUUUUCUUCGUACAAUAGUUUCGAACAAAAUCACAACAACUUAGCGAGCGAACUUUAUUGUUCGAAUUGAUUAUUAUUAUUUAUUGUUGUUGUAAUUAAAUUAGCCGUUUGAUCGACAGCUGGGCGGUGCUGAUUACAAAGAGCUUCGCUGUGUGUGCGCGUGUGUUUAACUGAAUAAGCGGCUGAAACGCUAACAAAAACAACGGCUGAAAGCAAUUACUCAUCGUACGAUUCUAAGAAGCACAACAACAAUAACAACAACAAAUACAAUAAAUAAUAAUACUAAUAAGAAGUGAGCAGCGGAAAGACAGUUUAACAGAGAGCAUUUGCGUUAGUGAAGCAGCAGAAGAAGGGAGUGAGGGGAAAUUCUGUUAAAGCAGUCACGAAAUUGCCAACGCUUACCUUGCUUGCUGCUAUCUUAUCAACGGUGACUUCGAACACAAAGCAAACUGUCGAUAAAGAAAUAACUGGUGAACCAGUUGGUAAAGUUGAAAAGCGCCUGCAAGUCAAGUUAGUCAAGUCGUAAAAUACAUUUAAUAUCCGCAAUCAGUUCCAGUUGCCCUUGAAGUCGUGUCGUUGUUAAUAACAAUUAAUAAAAUGGCGUACUCGCAGUGUAGUAGUUGUUAUUGCACAAUAAUAUUGUUUGCGAAAAAUUGCGAAAAUUUUUAUACAUAAAACAGUGUUUGUUUUUGUUGUAUUUUCCUGAUUGCGUAUACGCACUGGUCCAACUGAAUUGCUGAUUAUAUACUAGAGAGUGGAGGAGGAAGUGAUUGGUAGAGCAACGUGUUGAAUUCUAAUAUUCUAAAGCAGUCUCUCAAACAUACAAACAAACAACUAUCAGCUACCAAUUGUGGGAAUAAAAUCAAUACUUCAAACAAGCUAACAGCAAAUCCCAGCUUCAAAGACAGUAGAAAAGUGGAUGGCACAUUGUUUGCCCAUAAACGUGCUCUAAGCUGCAUACUUCAAUGCACUUCUGUGUAUGUGUGUUUGUGUCUUCAAAUGCGUCUGAAACUGCACUCGUUCAAGCGCAUUAAUAUCAAUGAACGUGUGUGCCACUGUGCGAAAAGAAUCAGAAGCAACUAAGUUUUAUAUAAGCGCAGACACUGCUAGAUAGACUGAAGAAGAGCGAAAAGAGCAGAAGGAAAAAUAAUUGAAAAUCACUACAAAUGGGCUUAAAGUGUUGCGGCGUAAAUUCUUCUUAGAAAAUGUUGAGCUAUCAAUGUAACUAAAUAAGGUAACAAACAACAGCAACAACAACAAGGAAAAUAAAAACAAAACAACAACAACAAUAUUUAAAAAAAAAUAAACACAGUAAAGUGUGUGAAAACGCACAAGAAAAUUAAAAAAAAGUUUGAAAAACAACAACAACAAACAAAAUAAAAAACAACAACAAAAGUAAAUAGCAACAUUGUCGUGCCUUUUAUCAAACAAGAGAAUCGAAAAAAUAAAAUAAAAAAGUUUUAGAAACAACAACAACAAAAACGCAUAAGUGCAACAAUCCAACAGCUUAAGAAAUAAUAAUAAAAAAAUAAGGAACGCAACAACGUAGCUGCUCUACUGUCAAUGUAUGCCAUAUAAAAUAUUUCCACACAAUCUAACAAAUCACAAAUCAGUGAAUACAACAAAUAUAUAGAAAACUAAGUGUGUAGAGCAACAAUAACAACAACAUAAUAUACACAACAAACCGACUACAUUUUCAGCGACGACAAGCAGUUUGAGUCACAACACCAAAAUGGAUAUAGAAUCAGACGACUCGGAACGUUGGGAGGACUUUUUUGGCAGCUCCACAGAAUUGGCACCAUCGCUUUUGGGCAUCUACGACACCUUGACGAGUGCGCUCGAGGCCAGCAACAAAAAUACUAACAAUAACACAAACAACAACAACAACAAUAAUAAUAAUAAUAAUAGUAAUGAAAAUCAGCACAGCAGCAACAGUGGCGAAAAUAUAAGAAUAAGCGAAUACAACAACAACGAGAACGCCUGUAGCAUUGAUGUGCAUUCUAACGGUAAUGUAAGCGCAGCAAGCAAUCACAGCGACUCGCCGACGCUCAGCAAUCAGAGUAGUCGCAGUUCAAGUUUCAGCUCGGAGGAAAAGUUAAGCGUCGAAUAUACUUUUCAUAUAGACAGCUACAAUAACAACAACAAUAACAGUAAUAGUAGUGACAGCAAUCGAAAUAAGAGUAAUUGUCACGCUGUAGGGGAAGAGCAGCAACAACAGCAACAGAAACAGCAACAACCUUCACCGGUGCUACAAAAACGUCUGACAAAUGAACAGUCGCCAGAAGCUUUAGCUUCUUGGAGUUCAUCUACAGACAGCGGCUUUGGCAGCGAUCGCAACACUGCGCUUGCCUUGCUUAACCUCGCCUAUAGCAAUAGCCACAGCAACAACAAAAACUAUAGCAGCAGCAUCGUCCAUAAUCACAGCAUAAAACAGACUUACAGUGAGAGUAGUCGUAGUCUCAAUUCGCUCUCUUCCUCAUUCUCAAACAGUCAACGCAGCAGCAGCAGCGGUAGUGGAAGCGGUAGCGGCUGUCAUAAUAGCCCAACGGGCUCACGCUUGUCGCGUGAAACACUAUUUCUGCACAGCUCGGGCAGCAACAGCAGUUUGAACAGUCCCAGCAAGCAUCGCAAUCAAAUACGCAUAUUGUCACCGAAUGUCCAACGUAUAAUUACACACACGGAUGCGGAGGAGCGCGUGGAAACUGUGGACCUAGACGCGCUACAGCAACAACCAACGCACUUAACCAGUCCGCUCCAAUCGCCAGCGUUGCAUCAUCGGUACGUGAAGAAAGCGCCACCGCCGAGCGCGACUUCAACACCGAAUAGUAUACACAAAGUGAAGCUCUCACACAUACCGCUCUCCAAGAUCACCGGCAAGCUAACACAGUCGGGUAGCGAGUUAGUUGAGACCUUCGAUUCGAGUUCGGAAUACUUGGAUGCGCUUAACUUUCACUCGUAUCCUGAAGCGAAGCCCGUGCGUAAUCUGAAGAAACCACCUACACCGGCUGUGGUGCCAAUACCGUGUGCGGAAGCUUCGAUAGGCGAUGGUGAGGUUACACCGACAAAUAACCGUACCUCAGCCAUAAAAUCGCAAGAACCGCUUGGUGCUUUCAACUUUAGCACCAACUACAAGUUGUCACUGCCGAAUUAUGAACGCCAAGAAAGUAUUAAACUAAUUGAAAUGGAGCAAUUGGCCACAACAUCGCAAAUGAUAACCGCCGCUUGUACACCGUCGCCACCAACUAGCUUACCGCUGACGGUGGAACAACAUCAAAACCGUAAUCACAAUAAUAAUAAUAAAAGCAACAACAAUAAUAAUGUCGCUACCGCGCUCAAUACACCGCCACCAAUACCGUCUAAAGAGUUCAUCGCCACAGCACCUUUGUCACCCACUGACUUUGUUGAAACUCUGAAUUAUCCACUAAUCACAAACGAACUCGCCACACUUACGCUCAGCGAAAAGGAUACCAUGAACUCAUCCAUGACAAGUGUUGAACUCAUCGAAGCUAUUAAUAAGCCAGUGAUCUCUAAACCUUUAGUGCGCAGCUCAUCGGCAGCGUGCGCCUCGACGGUGUCCGGUUCACCCAUGCUGACCUAUGCACGCUCUAAAAGCCUGGCAGCGAAGGCCAACACAUUGGGUGGUGCGGUACCAAUUAAAUUGCCCACCGCGCAACAGCUAGAAGAGCUUGAGGAGGCGAGCAAAAUGUCGGCAGAGAGUUUGGAUCGUCUAACAGAUAUUAAGUCAAAGUUCUCGCCAAAAGAGUCGCGUAAAGGUGGUCCAAUGUUACCGGAUAUUGCCAAACUCAAACAUCGUCCGCUGUCUUCUUCAUCCAUUUGCUCAACAUCGUCCAGUUCAAGUUCCGGUUCGGAUCAUUUAAACGGCAAACUGGCCACAUCGUAUUUGGCGAGUGUUGAGAGUCUCGCGGAUCAAAGUGAGAACGAACUUAUGGAUCCACAUAGUGGUAUGAGCGUUUUGGAGCGUGCUAUGCUGGAGAUAGUCGACUCUGAACGCAGUUUUGUGGAAGACUUGGGGCAGGUCAUUAAAGGUUAUCUCUCGGAUUGGAAGGAACGUGCCUGCCUACGUUAUGACGAACUGAAAAUACUCUUCUCAAAUAUUGAAGAGAUUUAUGAGUUCAACUCGACGCUCCUGAAACAGUUAAUCAACUCUGGUAUGGAACCGGGAAAAAUAGCGAAAUGUUUUAUAGAAUUACGCGAAAGAUUUGAUGUAUACACAACAUAUUGUACAAGUUAUCCUGAAGCCAUAUCACUGUUGACCAAACUGUUACAGGCCACACACACCAACGCACUGCUGACGUCCACACAAAAAAUGUUGCAACACAAAUUGCCACUCGGCUCGUAUUUGCUAAAGCCGGUGCAACGCAUACUUAAAUAUCAUCUGCUAUUGGACAACCUUCGCAAGCAUUGUGAUGUGAAGGAAGUGUUGCAAGCCUACGAGAUCAUGCGACAAGUGGCGCGUAAUAUCGAUCAGGUGAAGCGUAAGUUGGAGCAACAAAUCAGAGUUAAAGAACUAUCGGGUAUAUUGGACGGUUGGUUGGGACCAGAACUCACCGUUUUGGGUGAACUCCGUCAAGAGGGUCUCCUUAUGGAGCACAAUAAGCCACGCAUGGUCUUCCUUUUCGACACAAUGCUGAUCAUUACCAAAUCCAAAGAGGAUAAUCGUCUACAAUUCAAGAGUUACAUACACCAAAAUAAUCUAAUGCUAAGCGAACAUUUAUCCGGCGAACCGACGAGCUUUUAUGUAAUACCAUACCAUGAGCCGCGUAAUCAAAUCAAAUUGACAGCCAAAAAUCGUGACCAGAAACGUCUCUGGGCGCAACACAUUAAAGGAGUCAUACUCGAGAAAUUCGAAAACAUACCAAAUCGCGCUAAGGAGUUGGUCUACAAGUUGGGCGAUGAGGAAGACCGCACACCGGACAAGAACACCUGGAAGUGGAGUCUGCACUCGACUUCGACAACGCCCGUUUACUUGGAGCGACGCAAUCAGUAUCGACGCAGCGAGAUACGCAAAUGUUCGAAAUUCAAACGGAAGACAGUCACCAAUUCCACAUCAUUCGAUAGUUUCAAUGAGCUCGCGGAAAAUGCAACACGCGAAAUACCGACUACAACAACAGCAACCGAUUUGAUAGCAGCUAAGGAAGGCAAAGCGGUGGCGCGCACCAAUAGCAUCGAUGACAACAUGUUGCCCGCGUUGCAUAAACUCGCCGCCGUCAUUAAGAAUAAAGGCAAAACUGAGGAGGCGAGCACUCCUAAGGCUGAUAACGCUGACGGCGGCAGCGCCAAAGUGGUGAAGCAUGAGCAAAAUGCAGCGGCGAAGGAGGAGUACACCAGCUGCAUCAUGCGUGAGCAGCGACGCAGCGCUUGCGCCUCACCCAAGUCACCGCUGUUCGGUUUGAAGGCGCUGAAGGAGCGCAGCAAGUCGGUGCCGCGCAUCAGUUUCCAAUGUGAAGAUUUAGAUGAGGAGAACGAGUCGCUGCAUGGCAGCAAUACCAAUCUCGAUGCGCGCAAAUCCAAGUCGAGCAAGUCGAUCGAGGUGAAGCAAUAUAACCACAAGACGAUACCCAAACGCAUUGCGACAUUGAAGAAGCAACGCACCGGCAAGACGAAGGAAACUUGCAAGUUCUACAUGGAUUUGAGUGAAUUCGAUGAUGCGCCCAAAACUGAGCUAAAGAUUACAGAGUCCACGGAGAAUCUAGUGGAAGAAAAACAGGUGGAUGGCAGCGGCGCGCAGAAGGAUGCGAAGACGGUUACGCAGAAUCUUGAUAGCAUACAAAUGCAGCUGGAGAAACAAUGCGAGGAGCUGUUGACCACAUUGAAGAAGAAGGACGCAGAUAUAAUAUUGGAUUUGCUAAAGCAGAAUAAAGAGUUCGAGCGCAUUGCGAAGAAAAAGCAGCAACGCAAACGAGGACCGGAUGGUGGUAGCGGCAGUGGCAGCGGCAGCGGUAGCGCGCCAGGCAGUCCCGAGUCGCCUGACUACCCGCUGCUCAAUGAGUUACCGCCGCGUCCGCCAUCGCGCUCACCGCCACCACUCGAGUCUGAGCAUGAGCAAGCAGUUAACGACGAGCCACAAACAACGCCAGACGAAGAGGAUGAUGAGCCUAUUUAUGAGUCGCUGCUGCGCAAUGUGCAUGUACCAUAUAAAUUCUCACCGGUGCUGGGACGCUCAGUGUCCACACAGCAAUGCAAGACGCGCGAGCGUAAAUCACCACCAGCACCGCGUCCAGAAUCGGAUUAUGUCACGCUCGUUUACUCACCAGAGGGCGCACUGCAACAAGUUGGCAAUGAAAUGCUGCCAGAGCGCGCUAGCAGCGGUGAGGCACAAUUGCGACGCGAACCAAUUGAAACGCCGCAAGAGCAACGCGACUCUGGCUCAUCAACAUCUUCCUCGACUUGCACACUGAAACGCGAUAGCCAAAAUACUGUUAUCAAUGUUGAGUGCGCUUCCGCGAGCAAUAUAUCAAUGAUCUCCAACAACACCAGCAAUUCGAACACAGAAGCUAUCUACGCGCGUCCCAUACCAAAGAAUCUAAUGAAGCGUUUAUUUAGCACCAGCGCGCACACCGCCGUCGGCAUGGGCAGCAAAUCUUCACAUGAGAAUAUAUCCUCAUCACACAACUCGCUUUUGCCGCGCGCGCGUAAAUCCAUCGAUAAUAUAGCGCUGAGUUUUGGACGCUCCAAUAAACCGCCUGAGCGCCGCGUCUCCGAUGUGACCGAAAUGUGUCGUCAAAGCAUACUACAUCGACAAGGCAGCGAAGCGGUGGGUGAGCGCAUGGCUCACGUGGACUACGCUGAUCCGCGCACACUCUUCACCGUUAACGCGUCCAACUCUGACGCGUCGCUGCAACGCGAUUCCGUCUUCUCCCUAACUUCAUCCAAUGAUAGCGUUUGCGAUCAGAAGCGCGCCGCCAGCUCCGCGCUCAACAGCGAUGCGAGCAAUUCUGAUUUUGUGUACGAAGACAAUGUGGAGGCUUGUCUGGAGAAUGAUUUUCGUGACUCGGCUAUUUACAGUGAUGAUAACGAGAAGCGCGCCGACUACGAAUCGAGUGAUGGCAUUAAGCGGCCGCGCAGUCCACCACCGCCGCCGCCACCGGCGCGCAAUCGCAGCAACCCCGAGGUGCCGCCCAAGCCAACUGGCAUACCGCGCGUCAACAUCAGCAAAAUGGCGUCGCCGCGCAAGGAGUUGCCGCUGCCGCCAUUAGCGUUGGCUGAUCAGGACGCGCAGCGCUUUGCGGCUGAGAAGCCUGCGCAUGUUGUCAUCUGUCCGCCGCAUUUAAGCGCGGCAGCGUCGCGCAGUUGGGUGCUGCAGCAGAUUGAUAAUUUUAAUAAGUAAGCGGCGCUUAGAUGAUAUAGACUUGCGUGCUUGGUUUGCCAUAAAUAGUUGAACGAAAACAUUGACGCAUUCAAAUCAAUAUUCACAUACAUAUAUACAUAGUGUUAGCUACUAAAUUUAUCCAUACGAAAAAAUAUCUACUUAAUAUACUUGAAAUUAUUAUAUAUUUUUACUUUGUUGACUGUUAUGCUUACAGUACAUUCUAUUUUUAAUGCCUACUUAAUUAGCUACGUUGCAUGUGAUUAUGUAUGUAAUUGAAAAAAAAAAUUUAUAUUUUUACGAAAUUUAUAUUUACACACGCUCGCAUUUGUACAUUUUGUAUAUUAAGUUAUGCUUAUACAUAUUUACAUAUAAGUAUCUUAUUUAACUUUAAGAAACGUCUAUUGUGCAUUAAUAUUUAGUAGAGCAUAUAUACAUGUAUACUAUAUAUGUUUGUAGCAUUUUCGAUUUUUUAUAUAUAAUGAAUUUAUGAAAAAAAUUAAUUUUGCUUCGAAAAAAAAACAAAAAAAAUCCAUAAAAAUAUAUAGAAAUAUAUAGAAUCGAUAUCGCUCAUUACUCUGCCACAUUUAAUAGUUAAUCCAACAUUAAUGCGAAAAUUUGGCACCUUUCUACAGUAUAUACACGUAUACAUGAACUACGCAAUUUAUUAAUUAUAUAAUAUUUAAAAUGUCAAACGAAAUGUCGAUUAUACUGAAGUUGCUUGCAUUUUUAAGACGAUUUGUAAUUCCGAUGAAACAUAAAAAUAUUUAUAAAUAUAUUUAGCGAAUUGUUUAAA